UGGGCAUUUGGUCAAAAAUAAUCCUGCGCGUUCGGCUGCACGCAGUGCACCUUGUUUGUCAUGGCGUUGAUGCGGAGCGAUCAGCUGUGCUGUAACAUAAGCGCCACGGUGACGGCGGGCUGCUGAUCAUCUGAAACGAGCUCCUGAUCAGCUGCUAACAGGAAGAUGGCAGAGUCCAAAACUGCAAAAUCAUUCGUGGACGGCCACAUCGCCGACACUGAAGAACAGAAGUCAGCCGUUCGAAAACGCAACCUUCUAGUGCUGAUCCUACACUACCUUCAGCACCAAGGGCUCAUGACAACUGCAGAAAGCCUCAAGACUGAAUCGACGCUGAAACUUGACCAAUAUGUUCUCUGUGAUAAUGUUGAUCUGGAGCUAAUACUUCAAGAGUAUGAGACAUUCCAGUUUGUCAAGUUCAGAAAACAGCCACAUAUCACCCGUAAGCUGGAAGAGAGUGGCACGCAGAAGCAGUCAAAGUCAUCACGAGGACAUUCUACGCAAGGACAGUCAACUCAAACAUCUAGCAAUGGAAGUGGGUCCUUCUGCAGCACAUUUCGGAUACGGGGCCUUCAUCGUGCAAGUAGUGACGAGAAGCACAAAUCUGACUCUCAGCUCUCUAAAGGAAAGCUUGAAAACACCUUUCGGCCAGAAAACAUCACCAUUGACAGGCGCCUGGGAAUACAGAUCUGCACACCAGGACUACCACAACUAAAGCUGCCUCAAGCCAUGGGUGCCACUUUGGGGAGCGAAUGGUUUAACUUGGUCGACAUCAUUUCUAAGGAUGUCUAUGUGGACAGUCCGAACGUCCACUGGAACGACAUUGUUGGUCUUGAGUCAGCAAAGCGGCUUAUCAAAGAAGCUUUAAUUUACCCAAUGAAGUAUCCAGACAUCUUUUCUGGAAUAAUGGGUCCAUGGAAGGGACUUCUGCUCUUUGGACCUCCAGGCACCGGAAAGACACUCCUUGCAAAAGCUGUAGCAACAGAAUGCAAGACGACGUUCUUCAACAUCACUGCUUCAACGCUGGUGAGCAAGUGGCGAGGCGAGUCUGAAAAGUUAGUCAGGGUGCUGUUUGAACUGGCUCGACACAACUCGCCUGCAACCAUAUUUCUGGACGAGCUUGAUGCUCUGGUUGGGGCUAAAGGUGGACUUGGAAACAGCGAGAACGAGGCCAGUCGCCGCAUGAAAAGUGAGCUCCUGAUACAGAUGGAUGGCCUGAGCAACUCCAAGGAUCAUGUAUUUGUGCUGGCUACUUCUAAUUCACCAUGGGAUCUGGACCAUUCCGUUCUUCGACGCCUGGAAAAACGCAUCUUGGUGCCUCUGCCAGGCAAAGAGGCCCGCACCUUUUUGUUCCACAAGUUUCUCGAGGGCGGACAGAGUGCCAAGAGUGGUGGCCGCCGAGAAAGUUGCUUCGUGGCAGCUGACAUCGACUACAACCUUGUCAGCGAGGCAUCUGAAGGUUAUUCAGGAUCGGACAUCAAGAUAGCCUGCAAAGAAGCAGUGAUGAAGUCCCUCCGCCAAGCACUGGAAGCUGCUGAAUGCUGUGAUAAUGAAGCGGAUGGAACUGACCGCAUCAUCCCUGAGCCGGUGUCAACAGAGGACAUCUUGGAUGCCAUCAAGCAGACCAAGCCCACUGGCAAAGCGCUCGCAGCAAAGUUUGAAACCUGGCACCAAGAGUAUGGCUCGUCGCUUUCGUAACGUGUUCUCUUGUAACCUACUCAAAGGCUGCAUAGCCCACAGCCGGAGCAGGCAACCGUGCUUGCUUCUAGUGCUAACAACUACAGCCGGUAGAGUUUCCUACUAAAAUUAUGAGAGAAAACCUUUUUGCACUAUUAAUCACAGGAGCUUUAUGUACGGUGGCUUGGACAGUAUUGGAAUGAUGCAUCACGGCACGUGCAUUUGCCUAAAUAUCAUCUUUCUGGCUUUGGGUGGCUUCACUAACAUUUCACAUUGAUCACUUCCAACGCAAUAUUGUGCUAUAAGUGCAGGAAUUUGCAAUGAUUAUGCAUUUUUGCUGACACGUGUGAAGACUGUAAUCGUCCGGAAAUAAAUAUUAUUGGCAUAAUAAAUAAUGCUACAAGAAUAUCUGAAGUCGCAAGUUUUAAGGUUAGACAACUCCAUGUACUAUGUGUUAUUCUUUUGAUCGCUGAACAGUUGGCAAUAUUAUUUUAUUAAUUUUAGUAGGAAACUCUGCUGCUGCAGCUCUGUUAGAGGAAAAAAAAAUAAUAUAUAUAUGUUGUACCGACAGAAGAAAAAGUAUGUUUGCUUGGCACACAUGAACUGCAAAGGACAUUUUUACGGUCAUAAUAAGAAUCAUUGUGACGUAUGCAACAAAAUGUAUAGUGCAACUCACGCAACAAUGUUCAAGUUGGGGUGCGAUGUGGCAAAGACUGCCGUACGCAUGCGAUGACACGAAAUUCCUUCUUUAUAUGCCUUGUUGGCUGUUUGGUACUAGCCAUGUAGUCUGGUGUUCUGUAGCUUCGACACUGUGCAGCUCUAACCUGUCAUAACGUGGUUUUGUCAGGCCUUCAGAUCAGUUGUUGUGCUCAUGUGCAUCUGUAAUUAUCUAAUCACUGACUGUCGAAGUUGAGUCACGGCUGUGCCCGAGUUUUUAGCCGAUUACAUUCUGAUCCUUAACGAUGGUCUUUGUCUACUACUGGAAUAUUUAAGAAUGUGAGACACUUGGAAUGUUUAUGACCUAGGAAAUGCAUUUAUUAAGUGCAUUUAGGCACUACGCACUAUAAAUCAUUAUUAGGCUGAAGGCUCUGUCAUCACAUUUUUACUGAGGGUUGCAAAUAAUGAAAUUUCCAAUGUCACUUGCAUGCAUAUAUUUCAAAAGAAACACGAAAAAAAGCUUACAUUUUAGCAUUAGAUUAUGUCAUGAAUAUCUACUGCUUUUCAACAAAUGUAGGAAGAAAACGGGAAAGAGCAAAAUGGGAGUCUGAUGCUGACUUGCGUGUAGUUCAUUAUGCACAUAUUCACAAGGCCAUCCACUCUUACAGAAAGCAGCUCGUUAGUAAGUGCCUAUAAAAGCAUAAAUUGUGUAUUAAAACUUGCAGGUUAAUCUUUGAUUGUUAGAUAUUUCUGUUGGCUACCAAAGUGGUCACCUUUUAUUUCUUAAACAAAGCAGACAUUGCAAUUAUAUUAGAUUGAAUACCACUGAAGUGUUUCUCUUGAAUGCAGAGGAUCUCAUGCAUACGCCAUAUUUGCGAGUGGGUAAAAUAGUAUACCACAUCAAUAAAUAUAGCAGAACAACAUAAUUGCACAUUGUUAGAUGCAUUUCCUCUUCUAUGCAUAAUAUUGGACAGUUGACGUUUCUUAUUACUGUAAUAGCAUUGCAAACUGUUGCUAUGUGUGAAAAGUUUAAGAACUAAACACGCAUACUUAAUAUACACUGUAAAUUCUAUUAGUGAUGCAAGAAUUGCGGGGGCCUUGUUGAGAAAACGAAAGUUUAUGUUAGUUUAUAUGAUGCAUACGAGGGCCGCAUAAGAAUAGUGCUAUAUUAACUCUUUAAGGCCGCAAUUGCACUCUGACAAGUGGGGAACGCAAAAAUCCUUGUGUGCUUAAAUUUAGGAGAUGUUUAAACCCCAGCUGAUCAAAAUUAAUCAGGAGGCCCACGCUACAGCAUUCUCUCGCAACCAGCUGGGCAGUUUCGGAACAUUAAAUCUCACAUUUUUAUCUUUCUAGGCAUGACCAGCACAGCCCUCAGAGUUCCAUUAAGUUUGAUUGUUUCACCAGCUACGUUAGGGCAUUCUUUUCACAGCUGAAGCCAGCCGAUUACAUUAUGUCAUCUAAGGGAGCACCUAAGCAAGCUCUUGACCCUCUGUAAACAGUUUCAGCACUCGACAGGGUGCCGUUGCUUUGUGCUGCUGCUUCAUUAGUCUCUUUGGGUUCAAUCUAAAGUUGCCAAGAAUUAGUGGCAUGCCCAUCCUUGAUCAUUCGCUGCUUUUCAAGAUAACCGAAUGUGAUUACAUUUGUAGACUCUAGCAGUUGACGUCAUUUGGGAAGUGCAGCAGCACAGAAAGAUGCACGUACAGUCUGCUCAUUCUACGAAGGCUCUUUCUGCCCAAUAAACAUUGCUGUAAUUUGUGUGAGUAGCAGUGGAGAAGGACUAAGCUGGCUCGUUAAGUGUCCUAGCGUGAUUAUGCAAGCAGGGCUUGGAACACGAAUUAACAUUGUUCUCUGAAAGCUACAAUAUUUAGCCAGUUACACAAAGGUUAUCUUCAAGUGAGUCGAUUGAGAAGGGGCACUGAGCUGCCUGUGUAUGGUCCUCUCAGUGGCCAAUGCGUAUUUCAUCAAGUAACAACUAAGCCAAUUAAGAAGCAGUUCUGAGAAACAGCUGUAUAUUAUUGUUUUUUCUCUACUCUUGUGGUAUCUACAGCCAUACUGUGUGUUGCAGUGCGCCAAAUGCCGCCUGAACAAGGUAGUUCUAAGCAUAAGGAAAGUACAAGCAUUCAUGGUUUUGAGCAUAGGUAUAAAAAAAGGACACAUCCCAACGCAGAGGGUACAAGGCAGUGUCGUGAAGCCUACCAGUCAGCCAAGACCUUCUACUGUAAGUGUCGUUCGUGAAUUUCAAGCGUGGCCCAUAUUUUGCAGCAAUUAUUUCCCUUCUGUUCCGUUUCUUGCAUCACGCAGCUCAUUUUGGCCGUAACGGUGGCACGUUUGACAAAGCAAAAAAAGUGAAUUGUGAAAACAAACAUCGCAAAGUUUGGGCAAAGCAAUCUCUUGUCCUCAACAUUGUUGUGUAGUUCAGUUAGACCAGGAUUGCACAUUUCACUGGUGCACUCGCAGCAAGCUUGCUGUGAAUUGUUGCAUGCUUGAAUUGUGCUAGGAAAGCAUGAUCUUGCACUGCAUCAGCAAAUGGGAUAUGUACUAUUGUGACUGGGACAGGCUGUCUAACUCGUACAAUUCGCUGCUAGGUCUUUGUUUUUUUAUAAUUGAGCUGCAACUAUACAAAGUUAAUUUGUUACACCUAUAUUUGUUCUUCUGAAUGCAAGUCAUAUUUAGUAAGCUUUAUCACAGCUUUUCCUAUAAAAGUUUCAGAGUACGACUCUGGCACAAGUGUCUGUGAAACAUGUUAGUAUGGAACUUCGGCCUGCAUGGGAUUAAGGAAUUUUGUAUUUGAAUUUGCCUAAAGUUUGUCCAGUCUUCAGACAGCUUUGUCUGUUUGCAGAAUGGUUGUUUUAAACAAAAUGUAUUCUGUUAUAUAUGCAAGAGUAAGAUGUCCCACACAUCACUGCCAUGAUGUGUUUUUGGCUUUCGCAGACAUACAGUAAGAAAAAAACAUAGCCUUCGUAAUUGGAUUUUGCUACUCUGGUGGAACGGUCACUGGAGAGACUAUUUCGACAGCCCCUACUUGCUGUUGUAUACACAUGCACAGAAAUUUACUGCCUUCGUGCGCUUAAAAAAAGAAAGAUAUUAGUCCUUCAAACUUUGCAAAGAUUAAAUGUAGCAAAUAAUACCACUAGAAUGUAUGAUGCCACAGGCACAAGGAUUGCACUAGUCAGUGUUUUACAAUCGCUCUUACGAUAUUUGUCAUUGCAUGGUAUAAGAUCGAGCAAUUCAGUGUCUAAUCAGUGCUUUCUUUAGCAGUGUGGGUGUACUGCUGCGCAAGAACCGUUAGGUGAAACAUUUGUAGGCGAUGAAAAUGAAGAUGUUUGUUUUUAAGUUCCUGAACAUUUGAAACUUUAUGUGGUCUGUAGAUGUCUAGUAGUGUACUUCAAAGAGGCAGUAAGACAAAGAAGGAAAUUUUUUAGUACAUAAUGUCAUUUUAAGUAGAUAACUUCUUGCUUACGCAAUGUGCCAACAGCUAACACUUUCUCAGGUUCUUGAAGCAAACAUUUAUUAGCAUAAGUAAAAAGCGUAGUCUCCACCAUCUUUAUAAUGUGAAAGGAAACAUUUUGUACAUUUUUUCCAAGAGCACAUGUCCACAUUAAUUCAACCUUUUUUUUUAAUAGCCUGCAUGUACCCCUGCUAUACCGUGAUGCAAAUGUGCACUUAGCAUGGUAACUGUAUUGAUGCGGCAUUAACACUUUGCUAUAUUUUUAUCCUAUCAGAAUGAUAGGCAUCAUGUUAAGACAUAGAAAGAGAGCAGAGCGGAUGACAGAACAAAACAGAAGUAGCAGAUAUCCUUGUUGAUAUCGUAAGAGAAAAAAGUGGACAUGAGCGGGUCACAUAAUGCACAGAGUAGAUAACCGAUGGUCAGUGAGGAUGACAGUACGGAUACCAAGAGAUGGGAAGCAUAGUUUAGGAUGGUAGAGAGUUAGGUGGGGUGGUUAAGAAGUUCACAGGAAUAAAAUGGAAUGAGCUCGUACAGGACAGUAAACUGGAGUUCAAUGGGAGAGGCCUUCAUCCUAUAGUGAACAUAGAACAGUCUGAUGACGAUGCCAUUGAAAGCAUAGAACACUUGUCAAAUGCAAAAAUGUGGAGCUGCAUUUUCCAGAUAAAAGCCAAAUUUUUCAGAGCCUUCUAGCACCUACCACAUGCUGCGCACCUCUGCAGAGAAAAUGUCAAACUGAUCAAGGGUGAAGAAAAAAAAAUACUUGCAGUGUUUUUUUCUCGGCUGCUUGCUGAAACACUGUUUUUUAGCAUAAGAGAUGUUAGCCUUGAAUGUGCGCAGUUAUGAAAAGCUUGGAUUUUUAAAAAGCGAUUUAAUGUUUGCUUUACGUGUUCCUCAUCUUUGUAAGCACUUGCAACAGCAGUUGGAGCAUGAGAGGAGUAUUAUGAUUACAGCAUUCAGAAAAUCGGAAAAAUAUAAGCAUGCACUCUGAUCAUGAGACUGUCGAGUCCACAUUUGAUCGAAACUGUCAUAGCGCCUGUAUUGGUUAAAGGUACGUUUUGUGCCAAGACUGAGCUAUGUGCUCGUCAGUGUACACCAGUUCUUUCAUUUCUCCUACUGCACAAAUACAAGGACAACAUACAUUACUACUACACGAAAAGUCAUAAAUGUAGACAAAACAUGUGCACAAACACCCAUCCUCUGAGUCAUUUACAUCUAUGUUUUUACACGCUGCAACAAAGUGUGUUACCUAUCAACCUGCACAACUAUUGAUCUUGCACUACAAGGAAUAUACCUUGCAUGUACAUGGCAACGAAAAACGUGAAGCUGAUCGGAGUUCAUGCCUGCUUCUGCUGAUGUGCAUGUUGGUUUCAGGAAGGUCUGAAUACUUCCUUUGGGCACUGCAUGAACAAUUGCACAGGCCUGAAAACAUCUCAAAAACACAAAAACAAACAAAGGCAGUCACAUUUAAAGUGCAUUGGAUACACAUUAAGUCACUUUAGAUUAGGCUUUUGUUAAA